AUGGCGCAGCCCAAGAGCUGGCUGAAAGUCUUGAUGAAGUUCCUGGAGCUCUUACCCAAGGACUCAGACUACUCCAACAUGCUGCUAAAGAAACUAGCUCCUCCGCUUGUAACGCUGCUGUCAGGAGAACCUGAAGUUCAGUAUGUUGCUCUGAGGAAUAUCAACUUAAUUGUGCAGAAAAGGCUUGGGUUGAUUCAUGUGUUCUCCAGGCCUGAGAUCUUGAAGCAAGAAAUCAAGGUGUUCUUUGUGAAGUACAAUGACCCCAUUUAUGUCAAACUGGAAAAGCUGGACAUCAUGAUCCGCCUGGCCUCUCAAGCAAACAUCGCCCAGGUUCUGGCAGAACUCAAGGAAUAUGCUCCUGAGGUGGAUGUUGACUUUGUCCGUAAGGCUGUGCGAGCAAUUGGACGAUGUGCCAUCAAGGUUGAGCAAUCUGCAGAACGCUGUGUGAGUACCCUGCUGGACCUCAUCCAGACCAAGGUCAACUACGUUGUCCAGGAGGCUAUUGUUGUCAUAAGGGACAUCUUCCGCAAGUAUCCCAACAAGUAUGAGAGCAUCAUUGCCACAUUGUGUGAGAAUCUAGAUUGCCUGGAUGAGCCGGAUGCCAGAGCAGCCAUGAUCUGGAUAGUGGGUGAAUAUGCAGAAAGAAUAGACAAUGCAGAUGAGCUGCUGGAGAGCUUUUUGGAAGGAUUCCAUGAUGAAAGCACCCAGGUGCAGCUCACUCUGCUGACCGCUAUAGUGAAGCUGUUCUUAAAGAAGCCCUCAGAAACGCAGGAGCUGGUUCAGCAGGUCCUAAGCCUGGCCACACAGGAUUCAGACAACCCAGACCUGCGAGAUCGUGGUUAUAUCUAUUGGCGCCUUCUCUCCACGGAUCCUGUGACUGCCAAAGAAGUGGUUUUAUCAGAAAAGCCACUGAUUUCUGAGGAGACUGACCUGAUUGAGCCAACACUGCUGGAUGAGCUCAUCUGCCACAUUGGGUCAUUGGCUUCUGUGUACCACAAACCACCCAAUGCCUUUGUGGAGGGCAGCCACGGGAUCCACCGCAAGCAUUUGCCAAUUCACCAUGGCAGCACUGACGCAGGAGACAGCGCUGUGGGAACCACUGCCACUACCAACUUGGAGCAGCCUCAGGUUAUCCCAUCUCAAGGUGACCUUCUGGGUGAUCUUCUGAACCUUGACCUGGGCCCCCCAGUGAAUGUACCCCAAGUGUCCUCCAUGCUGUGGUGCUGUGGACCUCCUUGGCGGAGGGUUAGACAGUUUGGUGUCUGGUGAGACUUGAGACCCCAAGCAUUCUGCUUCUGCCUUUUAUGUUCAACUUCACAGCUCAACAGGUAAUGGAAGUUAAAUGGCUCAUACUGGCCAGCCAAGUAAGGCAACGAUGCUGCAGAAGCCAGAUGGGUGUGAACUGCUUCCCUGGGCAUGCUGGCCUUGGGGAAAACCACCAGAUCCCUCCUGGCUGGGAGGAGAGCAUCUAA